UUCGGACACGUUACCCGCCCCCGUUCGCCGUGACCACCACGGCCGUCUCCCGUCUUCGUUUCCUCUGUUCGCCCAUACUUUUUCUCCUUCGAUUAGGGUUUCCUCUCUCCUUCUCCUCUGAUCCCUUUUCCCGAAACCGUAACCAAUAGGAGGAAGAGCUCUGUUUCUCGGGUUUUGCCAUGGCAUACGUCGAUCACGCCUUCUCCAUCUCCGACGAGGACAUCAUGAUGGGCGACUCCAGCCGCACCAUCGAGAACCGGCCCCCUAUCAAGGAGAUCGCCUUCGCCGUGUCCCUCCUCGUCUUCGGCUCUCUUGCCAUCGUCGUCGGCUCCAUCAUGGCCGCGAACCGCAUCGGCGGUGAUCGCGCGCACGGUGUUUUCUUCGCGAUAUUGGGGUCGGUGCUGUUUCUUCCGGGGUUCUACUACACGAGGAUAGCUUAUUAUGCGUACAAGGGUUAUAAAGGCUUCUCCUUUGACAAUAUUCCUGCGGUCUGACGGUGGUUCCAAACUCUCGGUGAUGCGUUGUUCGGCUCUGUGUGGCUUCUCUCCUGUAUAGAUUACUUUCGAUGAAGCUCUACCCGGGCUCUUUAUAUGCCGGUCCUUUGUUCUUCUUGAACAACUUUCUAUGUAGAUGCUGUUGAGGUGUGACGAUGGGAUAUCAUGGCUGUGCCAGUGUAAUCAAGAUUCAGAUUGUCACGUUAAAUAUUUAUGUUCGCCAAUGCAUAGCUGGAUUGUUAAUAA